ACAUGUACCGGGUCGGAGAUUAUGUCUACUUUGAGAAUUCCUCCAGCAACCCUUACCUAAUUAGAAGAAUAGAAGAACUCAACAAGACUGCGAGUGGCAACGUGGAAGCGAAAGUAGUGUGUUUUUAUAGAAGACGAGAUAUUUCCAAUACGCUUAUAAUGCUUGCGGACAAGCAUGCUAAGGAAAUUGAGGAAGAAUCUGAAACAAUAGUGGAGAUCGACUUGACUGAUAAACAGAAACACCAAUUGAAACAUAGGGAGCUCUUUUUGUCACGCCAAUAUGAAUCUCUACCUGCAACACAUAUCAGGGGAAAAUGCAGUGUUGCCCUUUUGAAUGAGACAGAAUCCGUGUUGUCAUAUCUUGAUAAAGAGGACACAUUUUUCUACUCAUUGGUCUAUGACCCCUCAGUGAAGACCUUAUUAGCUGACAAAGGUGAAAUUAGAGUGGGUCCUAGAUACCAAGCAGACAUUCCAGAAAUGCUCCUAGAAGGAGAAUCAGAUGAGAGGGAACAGUCGAAAUUGGAGGUGAAAGUUUGGGAUCCAAAUAGCCCACUUACAGAUCGACAGAUUGACCAGUUUUUAGUUGUAGCACGUGCCGUUGGGACAUUUGCUCGAGCUCUCGAUUGCAGCAGCUCUGUGAGGCAGCCAAGCUUGCACAUGAGCGCAGCUGCUGCUUCCCGAGACAUCACCUUGUUUCAUGCUAUGGAUACGUUGUACAGACAUGGCUAUGACUUGAGCAGUGCAAUUAGUGUCUUGGUACCACUUGGAGGACCUGUUUUAUGCAGAGAUGAAAUGGAAGAAUGGUCAGCCUCUGAAGCUAGCUUAUUUGAAGAGGCAUUGGAAAAAUAUGGCAAAGACUUCAAUGAUAUACGUCAAGACUUUCUGCCUUGGAAAUCAUUGACGAGCAUCAUUGAAUAUUAUUACAUGUGGAAAACUACUGACAGAUAUGUGCAGCAGAAACGUCUAAAAGCUGCAGAAGCUGAGAGUAAACUGAAACAAGUAUAUAUCCCAACUUACAGCAAACCAAACCCCAACCAAAUAUCCACCAGCAAUGGCAAGCCUGGCACUGUGAAUGGAGCAGUGGGGAGCACGUUCCAGCCCCAGAAUCCCCUCUUAGGUCGAGCCUGUGAGAGCUGCUAUGCUACACAAUCUCACCAGUGGUAUUCCUGGGGCCCACCUAACAUGCAAUGUAGAUUGUGUGCAACUUGUUGGCUGUAUUGGAAAAAGUACGGAGGCCUUAAAAUGCCCACCCAGUCAGAAGAGGAGAAGUUAUCUCCCAGCCAGUCAUCAGAGGAUGCCCGAGUUAGAAGUCACCUGUCCCGGCAGGCCAUGCAGGGAAUGCCAGUCCGAAACACUGGGAGCCCAAAGUCUGCUGUGAAGACGCGCCAAGCUUUCUUCCUCCACACAACAUAUUUCACAAAAUUUGCUCGUCAGGUCUGCAAAAAUACCCUUCGAUUGCGGCAGGCAGCAAGACGUCCGUUUGUUGCUAUUAAUUAUGCUGCCAUUAGGGCAGAAUAUGCAGACAGACAUGCUGAUCUAUCUGGAAGUCCACUGAAAGGCAAAAGCACUAGGAAGCCUUUGGCAUAUAUCAUUGGGUAUUUAGAGAUCCAUCCUUCGAAGAAACCUAAUGUAAUUCGAUCUGCACCAACCCUGCAAACCCCAGCUACCAAGCGGAUGCUAACCACCCCGAAUCACGCAUCUCUGAGCAUUCUGGGGAAAAGAAACUACAGUCAUCACAAUGGCCUGGAUGAACUCACGUGCUGUGUGUCAGACUGAGCUACCCCUGUUCUGCCCUACCGUCGAGACUCGCUGCUGUCCUGCUGAUGUCCACAGCUGUGCCUGGGAAGGAGGCAGCCCCGUCAGUGGGGACCUCCUCAUGCCCUGAUGGGCAGGGAAGGACCUGUAGGAGUGCACCUUCCGCAUAUGCGCCUCCACGCGUGGACCAGUGGCGCUGAGCUUCCUCCUCAGAGAACUCGCUGUCCCAGAGCCGAGCUGCCUGAGCACCAAGGGGAGGAGGGAGCCAUGCCACCCCUCACUGCUCUUCAGGGCCCCACACCCUGGAAUGGCAGCCUGCAUGCAUCACCCGCUCUUUCAUGCUGUGUAAUUAUGUACAGGAGGACAUGACAUCCAUCUGAUGGAUGCUUCUUAAGAAACAUGCCAGUGUUUAUGCAGUUGUUGGUGUUCCCUGUCUCCACUGUUACUGUCUCAGCUUUUUCCCCAAUAGGCUCCCCCCCUCCCCAGGGAAGUGUUGCUCCUCCCCUGCUGUGUGUGUCCUGCACUCCACUCUGCCCCUCCUCAGGCAGGUUAUCUGGCUGUGACAGAAGGGAAGGACUGCCUGGCAGCCUUUGGGCCCUUUUUAGCAUCUCCGCCACUGGAGAGAGGUGGUGUCCUGCUCAGCUCCGCUUGGUCCCCCACGAGCUCUGAGGAGAGCAGCUGUUAAAUGUGCCAGGCACGCAUGUCACUGUGACAAAGCCAUUUGCUUACUGCCCUGUUUCCUUCCAGACAAACCAGCUGAAGCAGAACCAUAGCCAGGCAGGGCCUACAGCAGGUUGCAAAUCACCAGUUUAUUUUAAGCAGAUAGACUGUUGGUGUCACCAGGGCUGGAGAGAGAACCAAGAUUGUGGACGUGAGCUUGCAAAGCCCCAUGGCCCCCACUCCUCUGGCCCUGUAUUUCUGUGAGCACAUGUGCCUAGGCCCAGGAGCCCCCCUGUUUUAGUGGUAUGGGCUCCUCCUGCCUGCCCUGGUGCCACCCCUUGGUGGCAUUCCAGCUGGUCACUCUGCUGCCACCACACAGAGCUGCAGGUGUCAGAAUAACUCAGUUCCCAGUUAGCUCCCUGAACAGAAUGAGCCUGGCCACUUCCCUCUCUGUUGGCAGGGACAGGUUGCUGGGCACAGGAUCUCAGCCUGUGAAAGACGACUGCAGUCUGACUCCCCCCACCUUCUCAGGCAGCGGCUGGAUGGCCACUGUGAGGUGCCCCAAGUGGGCUGUUGCAGGGCAGAGUGGCCACGGUUGUAUCGACUCCUCCUCCCAGGAAUAGUGAGAGAGCAUAGAAAUGAUGCUAAUGUCGCCCGAGGCUGGCUUAGCCCAGCUGAGAAUGAGAUGUGUGACAUCUGAGGACAGUUCUCUGGGUUCAGGCUGCCUGGUCCUUUCUGUUUUGUAGUCACCUUGGCUCACCUGAUGAGUGGCUUCUCAUCUUAGUCUUCUGUGCAGUUGAUGAGCCAGGGGGUGUUCUCACCACUUUUGUCUCUCAGAGCUGUCCUGUUCUUGGCUCCAGGGCCCUGAGGGUGGGAACUGUGUCAGAGGUGCCCUGUGAGAGACAGGUAGAGGUGGCAGGUACUUCUCCAGGUUUCCACAAAGAGAUUCCUUCAACAAAGACCCCAGAAGAGGAGGAAGCUGGCCUGGGGGGUGUUUAUUCUUGAAAGAAAAAGAGGAGUCAGUGCCUGGUCUGUGCCUGUCUGUGCUCCUGCCCUGUACUUACUAUGGCUGUGGAUAUAAAAGGGGAGGUGAUUGCUCACCCUUCCACUCUCCUCUCCUGACUCCCAUCACUCAGUGACUGCUGAGCAUAGAAACAAUUAGCUGCUUCUCCAUGACCACAUGCUGCUGGCUCCAUUCCCUCUCCCUGCUGAGGGAAGUCUUUCACCCAGGCCCAGGAGGCCUGGAGUCAGGCCAGGCCAGGCCAGAGGAGGACCAGGGACUCACUCCUGCCCUUAUUCAUGGUUAGCUUUGGGAAACAUACAGCUCGUUUUGAGCCACAUGUGCCAGCAAGGCCAUCCCUUACCUUGUUAGUACAAGCUCUUGGCUCUGCAGACCCAUCCCCUGAGAAGAUGAUGUGGCCGGAGAUUUCAUCCUCUUGUUUUGUCUCUGGAAAGCUCCCAGCCUUGCAGUGGAACUCUGCAGGGAAUGUCAGGCAGAUGCUAAGGAGCCCCUGUCCUUUGCCUUUGCCCAUCUGAGCACUUGCUGCUGAGGACUUUCCUGUUAGUCAUGCCCUUUCUGGAGCCACGAUGUGCUGUGGUUUGUGUCAGUGGAGGGGCCACGAGGGAGGGAACUGAGGGACACCGUGGUUCAGUGAGUGUGAGUGGACGCGCCCAGUCCUGCACGGCCCGUGUCAGGUGUGCCUUGGGUCCGGGCUUCCUGUGCGAGGACACAAGCUCUGCAACAUCUCCUCCGUCCUUCAGUCAUUGCCACCUCUGAUGUCCUCUGUGCAAAAGAGAAUGACAGACAGGUUAUUGCUAGAACCUCUCACAGCUCUACCUUGUCCACAACUCGGGCCCAACCAGAAAGCAGGAACCACUGUAUGUAUUUAAAACAGAGCAGUUUUAAUCCUGAGAUUUGUUUGACACAGAACAAGAGCUGAAACGGGAGCUGAGGCAAUGUGGAGGUGGGGAAUAACAGGAAGCUGCCACCACCCUGAGGCCACCUGGACAGAGUGAGGUGGCUGUGUUACCAGAGCCCAGGGGCCAAGGCCACCACCACAGAGGCCCAUCUGGUAGGAACUGGAGCCAUAAAGGGGCGCAGUCCCUGUCAGGAACACCCCCAGGCAGAGAGCAGAGAGGGAGAAAGAGCCUCUCUCUUCCUCUUGCCUUCUUAGAUGAUACAUGGCCCAUGGGCCUGGACAGCCACCUUCAGGGUCAGCACCAGCACGAAACAGCAGGGCAGGGGUGCAGAGGUGGUGCGGAGGGCACCCAAGGCCUGGCCUUGAUUCACCCUGUGCCCUGUCUGUGGCCCCCUUGGGGUUUCGUAGAAAGGAAAGUGCUUUUGGGAGGGAGGGGGGAACCUUUAUUCUUCACAGUUGUCCAUUUCCCCUCAGGAAAGCCAUGUCCUGGUUUUUUUGUGCCCUUCUGUCCCUCUCUUGUGCACCUCUGGUUUUCCUGGCCUGAGGUCACUGUCCCCAGCACGCCUCAGUGCCCAGAGUGCUUCCCUAGGCCAGCGCAUUCCAGCAUGGUCUCGGUGUGGACCGUCUGUCUGUACAAAAUGCUG